UUAAUAAGGAGAACAAUGAAAGACAGCCCGAGCUCUUGCAGAGACCAAAAAGCUGAGGCAGCUGUAAUCUGAGUUCCUAUGACACUAUUAACCCUGCAUAUGGACAGUGAAUGAGUCAAGUCAUCUGCAACAAAAAUUCUUCAAGUCUGCAACCUUCAUGUUGAUUUAGAGCACUACCUCCUCCCUAUUUCCACAUGCUGAGGAGGGCAAAAACUCCAUUAUGGGCAAAAGGCAGACAACAGGCGUGUGAGAAGUGGGACUUCAGGAGACUGCAGCGCAAGCUGAUGUCACUGCAAGACCUGCUCCAGUGCAGCUGGAACGUCAAGGAGGGGCUGGAGGAGACCAAAAAGAGCUUGAAAAGGCACUUUGAGGAGGAAUCCAAGCGAAUUGUCUUUCAUUCCAAGGUGGAGGACCUGGAAAAGGGUGAGAAGUGUAACUCUUUCUUUUUCAGGAAGCUCCAUGCUGGCCACACACCCCUGACUGAGCUACGAGAUGAGACCAAACACAUGAGGAGGGGCAAGGAGGAAGUGAUGGGGGUCGUCUCAGACUUCUACAGCAACCUCUACGCCCCAAAGUCAUCCGACCCCGAAGCCGCCGAGAGGUUCCUGUCAGGUAUCACUAACAUUGUUGAUCCCGCAGGUGCAGUGGCUAUGUACGAUCCCUUGACGGUGGGGGAGCUGCUCUCUGCAACUAAAUCCUUUAAGCUCGGCAGGACCCCAGGCAGUGACAGUCUCCCGGCCGAGCUCUAUGUAGCGCUGGGUGACCUGAUCUGUCCGGACCUGUGUACGAGGAGAUGGUGGAGGGGGGCAGAAUGCCGCCGUCAUUGAGGGAAGGGAUAAUCACGAUCUUGUAUAAGCGGAAGAGGGAGAGAUGUGACCUGAAAAAUUGGCCUCCCAUCUCUCUCCUGAACGUGGACUACAAGAUCCUCGCCAAGGUGCUGGCCAACAGGCUGAAAUCUGUCAUCGGGCAGAUCGUCCAUCCGGACCAGACCUGCGGCAUUCCUGGUCGCAGGAUCGCCGACAGCCUUGCCCUUGUGUGAGACACGGUCUAUUACAUCCAGGACCGUCAAGCCCGCGGUGCCCUGGUUAGUUUGGAUCAGAAGAAGGUGUUUGACCGUGUCUCCCACACUUUCAUGGGCAGGGCUUUGUGCAGGCUGGGUCUGGGGAAGAUGUUUUGCUCUUUUGUUAACGUCAUAUAUUUUGAUAUUUGCAGCACUGUGUUGGUGAACGGCUGGAAGACUGACCCUUUUCCUGUUCUUUCAGGGGUUAGACAAGGCUGCCCUCUUUCACCUCUUCUUUUUGUUUGUGUUAUAGAGCUCUUCACUGAGUCUAUCUGGCAGAAUGGAGAGAUCAGAGGGAUCACCGCACCAGGCCCAGAUCACUACGAGGUCAAGUGCUCCCUCUAGAUGGACGGCGUGACCGUCUCCUGCGAUGACCAGCGUUUGGUGACUGCACUCAUCCAGACCUGCAAGGACUUCGGCAAAGCUUCGGGGGCAAAGUCAACUGUGGGAAGUUGGAAGCUAUGCUCUUCGGGAAAUGGCACCUGGCUUCUUCCGCCCCCUUCCUCUUUACUGUUAAACCAGACUUCAUUCAAAUCUUGGGAAUCUGGUUCGGGAAGGAAGGAGUGGCCCUUAAGUCUUGGCAAGAUGGACUAGCAAAGAUGAAUUCUAAAAUUGGACUGUGGAGCUCCAGAAAUCUCUCUUUGGAGGGCAAAACACUGGUCCUGCGGAGUGAAGUUUUGCCUGUGCUCCAAUAUACCGCACAGGCCUGGCCUCCCCAUGCCACCAUUUGCAAGGCCAUCACCUUGUUUCGCUUCAUCUUGGGCAAAAUGGACAGAGUCAAGAGGACUGUGAUGUAUAAGCUGCUCCGUAAAGGUGGGAAGGGAGUGCCCGAUAUCCCCACUCUGCUGAUGGCCUCCUUUGUAUGUGUCAGCGUGCAGCAAACUCUUGUUGAAAAGACUGGCUCAGUGGGCAGGUCCAUGUCCCGCUUGUUUCUCAUGCCCCUCUGGAGACAGCUCGGCUGGGACAAGUGGGACAGCUCCAUCCCUUACAACUGGAACACUCCCUGUUUCUAUGGGGAUUUUUGAGGGAGCACCAUCUGGAGGAACUGAAAACUGACCUAUGAAAGCCAAAGACAAUCUACAAGCUCAUCCGAGCUAAGGACUAGUUGGAGCUCGUUCCGGGGCUCCCCGCGGCCACGGCAGAGACAAUUUGGACUAAUGUGGCUUCAAAGCGGCUUACCAAUGGACAAAAGGACUUGUCAUGGAUGGCCAUUAAGGGAGGAUUGUCUCUCAGGUCGUUCAUGCAUGCCUGCGACCUGUGAAGAACCAGGUACUGCCGCCGGUGCCUCUUUGUGGAGGAAACAUCUAUGCAUGUGUUUUGGCAGUGUCCCUUUUGCGCAGGGUCUGUUGGAUGCCCUGGAACACGAACUCAGAGACUCUGUACCCAGGAACUGCUUAUCGUACCAUUCAGUGCUUUACGGUCUGUUCCCUGGGACCCAUGACAUGGGGGCCAUCCAGGAGGCCUGGCGCCUUAUGAACUGUUUUAAGGACGCAGUGUGGCUUGCCAGGAUCCGCCUCGUGAUCAACAGGGAGAAUAUGCCCAUCCGGGACUGCCGCAGGUUCAUCAGGAGCCUGCUUAGAGACUAUUCCAUCUUGGACAGCCCGGCCGUCGAUGAAGAAGAAGAGUGAAGACUCCCCUCCUUCCCCCAUGUCCCCCUGAAGAUAUAGCCCAGUAGUUUGGCCCCGUGAUUCGACCUCCCCCUACCCCCACAUAGUCGCCCACUCCCCCACACCCCCAGCCCCGCCCCAUAGCUCAUGCCCGUAUCCCGAUCACAGAUUGCAUUGUUUGUAUUUUCGAUUUCUUGUGCUUUUCUCUUACAGGACUGAGCGGAGUGUUAGAGUAGCAUGAUGUACGAUGUAUAGCUUAGGGAACCUUUGCUGUGUAUCGUACUGUCAUGCUUUGUGUGAUUGUAAUUUAUUGUAUGACUUGUACUGACUGAACGAACAACCAUGCUCUUUCAAUAACUAUUGAUUUCAUGAACGCUCCUUAGGCUCCAAAAAUAGAGCUAUACAUCAAAUAGUCGCACAUACAGUAACAUUUCUAUACUUACCCAUACAAGAAUAUUGUCCGAAAUCAUAAAGGGCAUCAUGAUUGUAACAAGUAAUAGACUAACCGGUCACAUUAGUGAUGAGCGGCAUAGGCCAUAUUCGAAUUUGAAAUAUUCCGCAAAUAUAUAGACGCAUAUUCGUAUAUUUGCCUUCUUUGAACCACAAGCAGGAAGCAGGAAGGGAUCAUCAUUGUCAUGUGUACUGUGAAAAAUAAAAAAACGAAUAUUCGUCAUAAUGAAUAUAAUUUGCUAUAUUCUAAAUAUUCACGAAGUUCCAAUAAAAAUUCGCUAUUCGAAUAUUCGCGCUCAACACUAGUCACAUAACCACAUCACUCAUUUAAACACACUGCACUUACAUUGGGCCAAAGAAACCUGUUUCUUAAUGGAGAGCUGUCUGCAGAAGCAGCGGCCUUGCCUGGAUAAUGCAUGAUCCUAUUGACCAUCUCCCCUCCUGGGUAUAUCCUGGAAGUCGACAAUCCAGAUAAUAUGCCAGCUGUGGUGACUGACGUUUCCUGGAACAAUAAAAUAUGGCCGUGACAUAAAUCAAUAGGUAAAAUACAACCCUGAAGCAGUGGAGGCCUGAGACAUGUCUAACUGAGGAGUAUAUCAUUGAAUCAUAGCAAAGGGCCAUAUGACAGGCUGCAAAAUACAAUAUGUUUCUAAUAGAUUCCAAUGAAUUAGAAUUUAUGUGUGAUAGAUAAUACUUUUUUUUAAGAUACAAAAAAAGAGCUGACAACAUAAAA